UCUCUUAACGUCAUUUCGUAAUAACACGCUGCUGCAGCUUAAACCAGUGCAAAUUUAUACAGUAUUAAUUUGAAGAAAAGUUCUGCAAUUCUGAAUGUGUACACCAAAAAUGCUGAAUUCGCAUGCGUGAUUUGAUUCUGGAGUUGUACGGCAUCUGAGAUCUGUGUUCCCAUCGAAAGCGAGUAGCCAGUUAGCGAUGGCGUCCGUGGCCGUGGAUUCGGACGACGAGGACGUGCAAAUGUUGCCGCCGAGCCCCUGCGAAAAGCAUGGUUUACCGUGAACAGAAAGUCAUCAAGUAACGGAAGCUUUAGUCUGUGCUCCGAGCUUUAUCAAACCUCAACUCACCUGCUGCCAACAGAGUGGAUCCCAGCCGACUCUUGAAAUGUUUGCACCGGAGAUUAAGAAAGUGGAACUGUACCAUAAAAAUCACGUUAAGCAGGUCAAGCUGAAAGAAACGGUGGCCGAAAUACUCGUCGAGACGCUUAUGUCAGCGAAUGCGCUAACUCAUCCGUUAUUCGACAAAGCUAUCAAGAUUGGCGAUUCGAAAUUAAAGUGGCCCCAUCGUCGGCUUUUGAUACGAAAACUCAUUCCGGAUAUGGAAAAAAGCGUGAAGGAAAAAAUUAAGAAGUUACUAUCGAAAGCCACAUCUGUCGCGGUGAAUGUCGACAUUUGGACAAGUAAACGUACCCAUGCGUAUAUCGCGUUCAGCGUCUCGUUCGUGGGUGAAGAAUUUCAGUUGCGUGGGUUCGAAGGCACGCACACCGCGCACGACAUUUUCGAAAUCGCUGUGGAAGUUAUUGACGAAUACAACCUGAAAGAUCUGCUCCAUUACAUGGGAACCGACAACGGCGGCAACGUUGUGAACGCAUUCAGCGACAUCUUCCCGGGAUUUAUUAUGCGCGAGCACGAUCUUGAUAGAAACCAUACUUUAGAAGAAUUUUUUGAACAAGCGACGGAAGAUGGGAUGUGGUCAUUUUUGGAUUCGGACACGUUCGACGACAUCGAUCCAGAGGAUCUCGAUUUGACAAGCGAUAUCGCGAACGAAGUUGAUACACUGUUGAGAAAAACUUAUUGUCGGCUACAAAACCGUAAAGUAACGGUGCGAUGCGUGGCACAUACUCUGCAGUUGUGCAUCAAGACGGCCAUGAAAACUUCAGAAACGCUGAACAGCGUGAUUGAUUGUCUGUCGGGAAUCGUUUCACGGGUCAAACACUCACCACUACAGCUGUCACAUCUGGAAAAAGCAUUUAAGGGCACUUUGGUCAGCCGUAAUGAAACGCGCUGGAACUCUGUCUUUCUAAUGUGCGAAAGAGCGGUAAAAGUAGACUGGAAUAUCGCGGGAUUAGAGCCGAAUAAUCGUUUGAAGACUACCCACAAAGAAUAUCUGCGUUCCUUUGUAAAGCUGAUGACGGUUUUUGAGGAAGCGUUCAAACUGCUUCAGACGGCAGAAUAUCCGGUUAUUGGGGCGGUGAUUCCGAUUAUCUACGGUCUGAAACAUCAUCUGCGCGCGUGCAAGAGCAACCCGGAUUUUACUUUGUUAGGAGACUUUAUACGAAAGCUGAACGACGAAAUCAACUCCCGCUUUGGCGUAUUGGAAACGGAUGAACUCUAUCUUGCUGCGACGUUUCUAGAUCCGCAAUAUAAACUGCUUUGGUGCCGUUUAACAAGCGAGCCGGCGAAGACUGAAGAACGCGUAAGAACUUUGUUACUGAGAAUGAUGAACGAAGUUCCUGUGGCGAAUGACAGUGCUGCUGCUGCUGAGAAUUGAAAUUUUGAACGUCCGGGUUGGCUGUUGUUCCUUGAUGAUUCUGCUGCUAGUACUCGAACCGGCUUGACGCGGAUGACUUGUGAAGCGGAGUUAGAAAACUAUUUAUCGUCUAAAUGGAUGGGGAAAA